AUGGGUAACUUACCAAAAUCGCGUAUAACAGCUUCUCGCCCAUUUUCCUUCUGUGGAGUUGACUAUGCAGGUCCAUUCACAAUUAAAGAUCGUAAUGGCCGUAAAUUUAACACCACAAAGGCAUAUAUAUCACUGUUUGUUUGUUUCGCUACAAAGGCGGUGCAUUUGGAGAUAGUUAGUGAUUUAACAACUGAAUGUUUUUUGGCUGCUCUUCAUAGAUUCAUGACUAGAAGAGGUAAAUGUACACUAAUGUUUUCGGAUCAAGGUACAACUUUUAUUGGGGCAAACAACGAGUUAAAAUCUUUUUUCCAAAUUAAUGGUGACAAAUUAACAAACAAUUUAACAAAUCAAGGAAUACAGUGGAAUUUCAUUCCACCUAGAGCUCCACACUUUGGUGGACUAUGGGAAUCGGCUGUAAAAUCGGCUAAAUACCAUAUAAAAAGAGUAGUCGGUAAUUCUAUUUUUAAUUUUGAAGAUUUUAACACUAUUCUAUGUCAAAUAGAAGCUUGUUUAAAUUCGAGACCUCUGUCCUCUCUGUCUGAUGAUCCUGAUGAUCCUACUUGCCUCACUCCUGCACACUUUUUAAUUGGAGAACCUGUUACAACUAUACCACAAACCAAUGUUCUGGGUACAUAUCCAUCUAGACUAUCCAAAUACCAACACCGUCAACAAAUUGUACAACACUUUUGGUCCAGAUGGUCGAAAGAAUAUGUUUCUCAACUUCAAGUCCGUACCAAAUGGAGAGAACAACACAAUCAAAUAUUGAAACCAGGUUUGCUUGUCAUCAUAAAGGAAGACGGCUUACCACCACUCAAAUGGCGGAUUGGGCGUAUUCAACAUGUGCAUCCUGGGUCAGAUGGUGUGACACGUGCAGUAACCAUUAAAACUGUCAAUGGAACAUUCAAACGUCCUGUUACAAAAAUUAGUGUUUUCCCGAGCAACGAAGACUAA